GGGGCUGAUGAGAGCGGGGGCAGUGCUGUUGGCUGAGACACUGCCUGACAAAUACAUGCAUAAAUUGGGAACGAUUCAGUUAUAUCUUUCAGUUAUAUGUUCUCGAUAUCAUCCCACCUCCAUCAUCCGCAGAGGUGUCUCUCGCAGGAGUGAAGAUGAAUAAACAGCCCAGUAAAGAGUCUCUGCGGGACCGAUUCAACGGGUUCUUUGGCCUCGGUUCGACUCGGCCCCACAGCAAACAGACCGAGAGCAAACCGUCAGAGUUCAUCAUCACGCUGGACAUCCUGAUGCAACUCACUCCAGAGUACAACCUCCACCACCGGAUCAGAGUCAUCAACCACGUGUGCGACCUCGCCAAAUCUAAGAAGUUUGAGGAGCAUGCGGUGGAGGACGUUUGGAAGGCCGUGGAGGACAUGAUGCAGCCUGAACAGCCGCCUGAAGCCCGUCAUGCAGUGCUGGUGCUGCUGAGAGCCAUUAUACAGGGACAGGGUGAGCGCUUGGGUCCGCUCAGAGCCUACUUCUUUAAGAUCGUUUUGGACUAUCAGCCCUGUAAUGAAGAUCUGUCCGAGAGACUGGAGGUGUUCAAGGCCCUCACGGAGAACGGGAAAGACAUCACCUACCUAGAGGAGGAGAUCGCUCGGUUUGUCUUGCUGUGGAUGGACAUCGGUCUGUCAUCAGAUUUCCUGCAUGUCCUCGUGAACUUGGUCAAAUUCAACUCCUGCUACCUGGAUGAGAACGUCUCCCUCAUGGUCCAGAAAAUCUGCCUUCUGUGUAACCGGACGACUUGCUCCACAGAUAUUGAGGUUGCGCUGCAGGUGUUGGACGCGGUGGUGUGUUAUAACUGCCUGCCCUCUGACUCUCUGACGGUGUUCAUCAUCACACUGUGCCGAACCGUCAACGUGAAGGAGUUCUGUGAAUCCUGCUGGAAGUUGAUGCGUAAAGUGUUGGGGACUCACCUGGGUCACAGUGCCAUAUACACCAUGUGCCGUAUCAUGGAGGAGAGGUACUCACUGACUGACUUUCUUACUGAUCACGCCGCUCUUCUCAGGGGUGCUGUGUUUUUUGUUGGUAUGGCGCUGUGGGGAGCUCACAGACUUCCUGCCCUCAAAAACACGCCCACUCUGGUCCUGCCUUCCUUCUGCAAGGCCAUGAGCUGUGCUAAUGAGGUAGUGUCCUACGAGAUCGUGCUGUCGAUCACGCGACUCAUCAAGAAGUACGGCAGAGAGCUGCAGGUCGUGACGUGGGACAUCCUGCUGUCCAUCAUAGAGAGACUCCUGCAGCAGAUACAGACGAUGGGCAGUCCUGAUCUGAAGGUGAUUGUUUAUGAGUUACUGAGCACCGUCGAGGAGCUGUACGAGCAGAGCGACUUCCACGGAUCCUUGCAGAGAUUCUUCAGUCUGGUGGAGAAGUGUGCUGAUAAACGCCCUGAUGCGUCUGUGCUGACGCUGAUUUCCUACAGAGCUCAGUCCAUCCAGCCGGCUAAAGACGGAUGGCUGCAGAACCUGCUGAAACUCAUGGAGAAGUUCUUCAGGAAUGAGAGCCGUACUGUGAUCAGGAUCAAGGUUCUGCACAUCCUGUCCUUCGUGCUCAGCACAAACCGGCAGCUCUAUGAGGAGGAGCUGAUCGAGGUGGUGGUGAUUCCUCAGCUGGGUCAGAUCGCUGAAGAUCGAGAUCUGUCCGUCAGGAAACAAGCCACGCAGCUGCUGGUGGAUCUCGCCGAGGGCUGCAGCACGCAUCACUUCAGCAGUCUGCUCGACAUCAUCGAGAAGGUUGCUAGUCGUCCGUUAACAUGCUCUGUGGAGGGAGAGAGAGAGCUGUCUGUGGAGUCGCCCAUGGAGGACGUCCGCACCGCUAUACUGGGUCUGCUAGACAUACUACAGAGUAAACUGUACAGUCUGCCGGCCAGUCACGCCAGUCGAGUGUACGAGCUCCUGAUUUCUCAUCUGCAGCUUCACUACAAGAACAAAUACUACAGUGCCAUCGGGAGCUCCAUACGCCUCAAGGUUUUUGAUUGGUUAUUGAUGAUGAGGACAGACUCUCUUCAUCGUCUGGGUGUCCCCAAUAAAGAUGAGGUCCUGAGGUUCAGCCCAUACUGUCACUGUGACGUCGGUCCCACACCGGUGGCUCCGCCCUCCUCCAUUCGCACUGCCUAUCUGCCCUACAGCCUGGCCUUCAGCGUGCUGCUACAGUGCCUGAAGAUGGAGACUGACUGGAAGGUUCUGAAGCUGGUUCUGGAUAAGAUGUCGUGCACCAUCCAGUACAAAGUUCUGAUCCUGACCUCACCGUGCAACAUCGAUCAUCUGUGCUCCACUCUCUGCUCGAUGGUGACAGACCGUCUGAUAUCGGAGCGUUUGAAGAAGACUCCUGAUGGAUUCUCCCUCACUGAUGUUCAGCUCGCUGUGGUUCCUGUUCUCACUGCCCUCACCUCCUACCACAGCUACCUGGAGCAGUGCCGACAGAGGGAGCUGGUUCAGUGUUUGGAGAAGGGCCUGAUCUACCGCUGUGCUAAGCAGUGUGUGGUGGCUCUGACCAUGUGCACCGUAGAGAUGCCCGACAUCAUGAUCAAACUCCUGCCCGCCCUCAUCGUCAAGCUCACGCACAUCUCGGCAACCGUUGCCAUGGCCUCACCCAUGCUGGAGUUCCUGUCCACAUUAGUGCGGCUCCCACAUCUGUAUGCUAACUUCGUAGCUGAGCAGUACGUUAGCGUGUUUGCCAUAUCAUUGCCAUACACCAACCCCUCAAAGUUUAAUCAGUACAUAGUGUCUCUCGCCCAUCAUGUGAUCGCCAUGUGGUUCAUACGCUGCAGACUGCCUUUCAGGAAAGACUUUGUUCAGUACAUCACCAAGAAUGCCCCAAAUUCCCCCCAACCCUCCCUGGUCACGACGUUAUGCUGGCGCACACCUGACCUCGUUUGCCCUCGGGGCAGUUUGCGGACGACCAAAGUGGCGAAGCAAGGCCCCAGCACAAACUCUCCCGUUAAAGACCUGAAAGAUCUGUCGGCCAUGGACGCCUUCCGCUCCCGAAGCAUCAGUGUGUCCGAGCAUGCGGUGCGCAGGAUGCAGACGUCCAGCACCACCUGCAGCCUGGGCUCGGCUGACGAGAACGCGGUGAUGCAGGCGGAUGACGCGCUGAAGACCGUCCACCUGGAGCUGACGGAGACCUGUCUGGACAUGAUGGCGCGAUACGUCUUCUCCAACUUCUCUGCCCUGCCCAAGAGGUCUCCCAUUGCAGAGUUCCUGUUAUCCGGUGGCCCCAGUAUGACUUGGCUGGUUGGGAAUAAGUUAGUCACCAUAACGACCAGCGGCGGGUCACGAACCCAAGCCCUUCUGGGUCUGGACAUGGCAGAGAGACCUGGAGGAGGAGGAAUGACCAGGUCUGACCCGUCAUUACACAUCCGACAGACGAAAGAGGCUCCUGCUAAACUCGAGUCACAGUCCGGCCAGCAGAUCGGCUCCAGCACUCGCACACGCGUCCGCUCCAUAUCAGGUGGUCACGCUCUGCGGGCCGGUCCGGCUCAGAGUCUCAGUCCGCUGGUGGCGUCUCCUGAGGGCGAGUACAGCGGCCCGCUGCCUCCGCCGGGCCCCCCGCUGGAGGUGCUGGGGUCUCAGAGGGGAGUGGAGGAGCACCCGGCACCCCCCUUCUUCUCCCAGUCCUCAGCGCCGCUCAAAGACAAGUCCAGCCUGGCCGAGUUUGUGCCCAUGCUGACGCAGGGCUGGGCCGAGAUCUUCAUCCGCAGACCCUCAGGUAACACCAGCUGGCUGAUGUGUCUGGAGAACCCGCCGAGCCCCUUCUUGUCUGAGCUGGGGAACGUCCCGCUGCAGGAGCUGUCCAGUGUGCUGAUGGCCAUGGACGGGGUGAAGGAGCCCCAGAGCGAGGCCGCUGUGCCCCAGCCGCAGGGGAGGCCCUGCCCCAUCCAGCGCUCCAACACCGAUUCGGUUGUGUUGGAGGAAGGUGGACGGAGCAAAGCGACUGUAUCAGCAGCUGAGUCCAAAGAGCUGGAGGAGACUGAAUCCAUCUUCAUGAGCGCCGCUACAACACCAGCCGGCUUACUGAGCAGAGUGAGGGAACCUACACCAAACACUAUCAACACACUCAACUAUAACCAGUGUUGGGGGAAGCUGGAGUUUCCCACGGCCCAGCCGGGACCCCUGUCUCCCACCGGACACAGACCCCGCGGACACACCAUCUCAGUGUCUGCGCCCUCGUCCCGCAGGGAGAGGAAGAUGGACCGAGACUCGUACCACAACCGAGGAGGACCAUCCAACGCAGAGAAGAGCUCAGGACUCAGUCCCAGCUUCGUCUUCCUGCAGCUCUAUCACUCUCCGUUCUUUGGCAGUGAAGCCAACAAACCCCUCCUGCUGCCCAAAUCUCAGCUGAUCGAUCGUGCCGUUAAAGUCUUGGAUCAGAUGCCUCCGUAUGACACUCAUAAGAUCGGCGUGGUGUUUGUUGGAGCCGGUCAGGCUACUAACGAGGUGUCGAUCCUGUCCAAUGAGUACGGCUCCAACCGCUACGCUCAGUUCCUCACGGGCCUGGGAAAGCUCAUCCACCUGAAGGACUGCGACCCAGACCAGAUCUUCCUGGGUGGACUGGAUCAGUACGGAGACGACGGAGAGUUCACCUACUGCUGGCACGAUGAUAUCAUGCAAGCGAUUUUCCAUAUAGCCACUCUGAUGCCGAACCGUGAGAGCGACAAGGGCUGCUGCAAUAAGAAACGCCACAUUGGGAACGACUUUGUGGUGGUGGUUUACAAUAACUCCGGAGAGGAGUACAAACUCGGCACCAUCAAGGGUCAGUUCAACUUCGUGGAGGUGCUUAUAAAACCUCUCGACUACGAGAGCAACCUGGUCACACUGCAGUGCCGGAAAGAUCUGGAGGGUUUGGUCGACACCAGUGUGGCAAAGAUCGUUUCUGACCGCAAUCUACCGCUGCUCGUGAGACAGAUGGCUCUGCACGCCAAUAUGGCAUCGCUGGUACAUCAGUGUAGAGCAAACCCAUCAGACGCCUACGCUUCAAAAUGGCUGGCAAGAUUGAGACACAUCAAGAGGAUCAGGACACGGGCUCAGGAAGAAAUUCAGUCACGCCCCACUCACGGAAUCUCUCUGACCCAAAGCCAUGCCCCCAUGCAGAAUAAACCCGCCCACCAGCCCUCCGGCUCUGCUCCAAACCAGGAUGCCGGCCAGAGGAAGAGGCUGGUGUCAACCAUCGACGAUUUCACAGACUUUGUCUAGCAAGAGACCCGUGACGUGUUUUUAACUGAGACCAAUAGACGCUGCGUUCCCAUCAGUCCAGACGAACAUAUCCGUUCCUGAAUGCGGAGGGCAGUGAGGUUUGGUGUUAGUAAGAUUUGAUCACCUUUAAAACACCCCCAGUGUGCCAAGUAAGAGAUCAGUUCAGCCGGGACGCAGCUUCACUCAACGCUGUGAUUGUAGGAAUGAAUUUCACAAUGCGCUGCUCCGUCUGCUGAAAGAUGGAUAUAAACGCCCGCACUGGCUUUAUCACAUGCCAUUUUUAGCAGUACGACUAAAUUGCACACGGUUAACACGCUUUCGUGUCUCAGCCCAUUUUCAUCGACGUUUCUUUCUCUAGAACAAACUUGUAUUCACACACUCAUUUUCUCUUGUUGUUUUUCUCUGAAUAUAUGAAAAUGGUCUGUGAUAUUAACCGUCCAAUCAUUUUGCUUGUUUCCUGUUGUUUUCUUUGUGUGUGUGAUGGUUAAUGCUUAUCUAAUGAGUUUAUAAUAGUACAACAGAUUUGCAGAACAACAGCUAGUACAGUAGACUGCAUCAGACGUGUGUGCUUCGCUGCCAAAUAAAACACUGAAAUGUGCAAAUC